GCUUUAUUCCAAGUUUCGUUUAAUUUGCUGUCGGUGUAGUAGAGUUACUGUAAGCUAAAUAAUAAGUCUGACCGGAGUGAGGCGUUCAGGGCAUCUCAAACAAAACGGACAGUUUUCAUUCCUACUUUAACUGCGUGUUGAUUGCUUAAUCAUGUAUUUAACACAAUUCCGUGGAUGGAAGCAGAAUUAAAGAGGUUUAUUUGUCACCUUUAGUCGCCUUUGUAAGUCACGUGACUUAAUUGCUGCAACAGGUGAGACGCCCAACCUCGUCCAACGUUGCAGAGGCCUUUUCCGGGAUGUGAGGUUGAGGGGAGCAAAAGAAGCGGUGUUAUCUGGUAUGUCUGAUGUUAGUCUUGAGGCUGAGGCGGGGCAGACCUCAGCCGAGGACCCUCAGCAGGACUGUGAGGCUGAUAAAGCAAAGGAGAGCUUGAGGGAGGAUCUGACUCCGGAGAGUGUAGACAGUAGCAGGGGUGGAGAGGACACAGAAGAUGCAAUGUAUGACAUUGAUAUUAACAGUGACGACGACCGUGCAGCAGCUUGUGAGAAGGACUUUCAGGAGCAGAACGAGGGUAGUCUGAAAGUCAGUGCAGUCUCUGCAGGCGAGGAGACAAAACACCGUGUUGAGUUGUCCGAAACACCGGAGAGAAAUGGAGAUUCUAACGAUGAAAAUAAGGAGAGAACAAUGGCUGAGGAUUCCUGCAGAAGCUCAGCCGCUGAGAUCCCAGUCACCAGCAAUGGAGACCUGGAUCAGAGCCCAGAGAAAGUACUCCAGAGGGACUCCCACCCCUGUAACMCAGGAGCUCUGAACCUCUCAGAAUCUGGUGCUGCUUCCAGCAGCUUUGCUUCAACAGCAGAGGGCAUCAUUGAAUCAGGACCAUACAAAGGGUCAGCAAGCGUGCCCACGUCUCCUGUGACACCUGUAGCUCCCAGUUCAGCUGUUGCCACCCGCCUGGCACGCUGCUCCAGUGACAGUCAGGUUGAGAAAG